GGGAAAAUACAAAAAAAAAUACUAAUCCUUCCCAGCCCCCCACACUGGCAGAAUUUGUCAGAGUGAGAAACUCGGUCUCAGUCUUUCUCCCCGAAAGCUAAUAAGGCCCUGGUUCUGUAUGGAAGCUCCUCUCCACCUGUAGGAGUGGAACUAAUCAACAGCGGUGGUCCCCGGUUCCAACCCCGACUCUCCCUGGACGAGCGAUGGAGACUGCGGUUUUAAAUGCGACGGGGGACGGCGAAACGCACUCCGCGUUCACGCAGACCGAACACAACAUCGUGGCCGCCUACCUGAUCACAGCAGGGGUCAUCAGCCUGUUCAGCAACAUCGUGGUGCUGCUCAUGUUCGUCAAGUUCAAGGAGCUCCGCAACGCCACCAAUGCCAUCAUCAUCAACCUGGCCUUCACCGACAUCGGCGUCGCCGGCAUCGGGUACCCCAUGUCGGCCGCGUCCGAUCUCCACGGCAGCUGGAAGUUCGGCUACGUCGGUUGUCAGAUUUAUGCAGCCCUGAACAUCUUCUUUGGAAUGGCGAGUAUUGGGCUGCUCACAGUGGUUGCCAUUGACCGCUACUUGACCAUCUGCAGACCAGACAUAGGGCAGAAGAUGACCGCAAAGUCUUACACCACCAUGAUUCUGACCGCCUGGAUCAACGCUCUGUUCUGGUCCUCCAUGCCCGUGUUGGGCUGGGCCAGCUACGCCCCGGAUCCGACCGGGGCCACGUGCACCGUCAACUGGAGGAACAACGAUGCGUCGUUUGUGUCCUUCACCAUGUCUGUGAUUGCGGUGAACUUCGUCAUCCCCCUCUCCGUCAUGUUCUACUGCUACUACAACGUGUCAGUAACCAUGAAGAGGUACAAAGCUAGCAACUGCCUGGACAGCAUCAACAUAGACUGGUCAGACCAGAUGGACGUCACCAAGAUGUCUGUAGUGAUGAUCGUGAUGUUCCUCGUCGCUUGGUCGCCCUACUCCAUUGUGUGCCUCUGGGCCUCCUUCGGUGAUCCCCUAAAGAUCUCCGCCCCCAUGGCCAUCAUCGCACCCCUGUUUGCCAAGUCCUCCACCUUCUACAACCCCUGCAUAUAUGUCAUCGCCAACAAGAAGUUCAGGAGAGCCAUCUCUGGAAUGAUGCGGUGCCAGAGCAGGCAGCGAAUCACCAUCAACAACCAGGUUCCCAUGACGACCUCCCAGGUGCCUCUUACACAGUGAGGGAUGGCGCCCCCCUCUGCUGGUGGAGAGAAGAGAGGAGAAGAGGAAAAAGGUGAAGAGAAGGUGAACAGUGAUACUCUAUGUGAAGAGCACUGUCUGUCCAUUCUGCCCCUGCUGAACUCAGUCUCAUGUUAUUCCAUUUUCCGUGAUGACAGUUGUUUCUUUCCAGGUGUUGUUUUCAAUUCAAUGGUUUGAGUAAUGUAAUAUAUCUUUGGAUUAGUAGCUGAAUCAAAGUAACACUUAAGUGUUAUUCUUUGUCCGUUCCCACAAUAUACCACAAGUCUUUUCUCUUAUUUUGUGAAAGAAAAAAAACAAGAACUCCAAAUGAACUGCACAAAGUUCUAUUCUUGAACCACUAGUUGGAGUUAAACAAACAGCACUCCAGAUGGGUUUGAAUAUUGGCCCAAGUUUAGAACCUGACCUGUACGUGCAGAAUGUGGGGGCCUGUGAUUUGUGUUUUGACGUGUUAUGUUUGCUGUGCACAUCCUGUUCUCUUUGGUAUUGCGCUUUCUGAAACUGAAUGGGUCCAAGAUAAGAACACACACAUACACAAUAAAUGGAAAUGUUA